AUGUGCUCGCGACCCUCGUGUCGAGCCCUCGAGCGCACCUUUACCAUUUCGCCCGACAGCGCGCCGCUCGGCCGCCGCCUGCGCGUCGUGCGGUUCGGCGCCCUCGGCGGCGAGCGCACCAUGGACAUCAUGAAGGCGGCGUAUGACGGCGGCCGGCACGUCGCCAUGGACGACGUUGCGUACGAGGAGGUUGAGGCCCUCACGGUCACAGUCCGGGAGGAGGACGCGCGGUGGCGCAAGGUCUGUGUCGAUGGCACCAUUGUCGAGGUGCCCGUGGGUGGCAGUUUUGAGAUCCGGACCGUCGAGGGGGCACUGUUUGAUGUUGUCGUCGAUCCCUUGAUCGCGGGUUCUCCUUGA